CUUGUAUAUGUUAUUGUGAAUGGCUUUUAAGAUUUCAGUGUUACGCGUGUUACAGUGUUUUAAGAGUAAAGGACUCUUUUCACCUAUUUAUAGGUGCUAUUUUCCUAAACUGAGUACAAAUAGGCAAGUGUAUUGUGUCAAAACCAUGGUUGUCGGACAUGAAUCAGUAUUAAAGCGUCAUGAUAAUAUCAUCAAAUCUGAGGAAGAUAACAGACAUUAUUGCGGCUUGGAGCUAAUCAAUGGAAUGAAAGUAUUAUUAAUUAGUGAUCCAUCUACUGAUAAAUCUGCUGCAGCUCUUAAUGUUCAAAUUGGGUCCAUGUCAGAUCCUCCAGACAUUCCAGGAUUAGCUCAUUUUUGUGAACAUAUGUUAUUUCUUGGAACAAAAAAGUAUCCAGUUGAAAAUGAGUAUAAUAAGUUUCUUCAUGAGCAUGGUGGUAGUAGCAAUGCCUAUACUGCUGCCGAUAACACAUGCUACUUCUUCGAUGUUUCUACAAUGUAUUUAAAAGAUGCUUUAGAUAGAUUUGCUCAAUUCUUCCUCAGCCCAUUGUUUACUGAAAGCUCCACGGAAAAAGAAGUUAAUGCAGUUGAUUCCGAACAUGAAAAGAAUUUACAAAUUGACUCUUGGCGAUUAGCUCAGUUAGAGAAAGCAACAUGUAAUCCAAAUCAUGAUUUCAGCAAGUUUGGAACUGGUAAUAUUGAAACACUGCAAAACAUCCCCAAGUCUAAAGGAAUGAAUAUUCAAACUGAACUUUUGAGAUUUCAUGAAAAACAUUAUUCUGCAAAUAUAAUGGCUCUUGCUGUUCUUGGAAAAGAAAGUAUAGAAGAAUUACUAGAUGUGGUAGUUCCAUUAUUUUCAGAAGUGGCUAAUGCAAAUGUUGAUAUUCCAAGAUGGAAAGAACAUCCAUUUGAUUCAAAACAUUUGCAAUUACAAGGUUAUGUUGUGCCAGUCAAAGAUAUAAGAAGCUUAAACAUUACGUUUCCUAUUCCUGACCUUCAAGAACAAUAUCAAACUAAUCCUGGUAUGUAUUUAGGACAUCUUAUUGGUCAUGAAGGCCCAGGAAGCCUGUUGUCUGAGCUUAAAUCUCUAGGCUGGGUCAAUAAUCUUGUUUCUGGAUACAAGGCUGGUGCUAAAGGCUUUGCAUUUUUCAUUGCAAACCUGGAUUUGACUGAAGAAGGUUUAGAACAUGUUAAUGACAUUGUUACACUCAUGUUUCAAUAUCUGACUAUGCUUAAAAAAGAAGGUCCUCAAGAAUGGAUCUUUCAAGAAUGCAAAGAACUAGCUGCAAUGACAUUUCGCUUUAAAGACAGAGAGAAACCUCAAUUAUACACUUGUUCAUUAGCAAGUGUGAUGUUUAACUUUCCAAUGCAGGAAAUUCUAUGCGGUCCUUAUUUACUUCAUGAUUAUAAACCUGAAUUAAUUGCCGAGUUACUUAGUAUGCUGACUCCAGAUAAUAUUAGAAUUGCUGUUGUUGGGAAGAAAUUUGAAAGUUUUUGCACCGAAGUUGAAAAAUGGUAUGGAACUAAGUACAAAUUACAGUCUCUUAAGGAAGCAGAGUUGGAACACUGGAAAAAUGUUGGUUUACAUCCAAAUUUCAAGCUACCUCCUCCAAAUGAGUUUAUACCUACAAGUUUUGAGUUAACUGCUAAAGACUCUGAGGCUACCAAGCAUCCGGAACUUAUCCAAAACACAACAAUGGGCCGUUUGUGGUUUAAACAAGAUGACCAGUUUUUUCUUCCGAAAGCUUCUUUUAACAUUGAAUUUGAAAGUCCUAUGGCUUAUGUUGAUCCUUUGCAUUACAAUAUGAACCAUUUAUUUGUCCGUCAUGUGAAAGAUUCUCUUAAUGAAUAUGCUUAUGCAGCUGAACUCGCUGGAUUAGAAUACUGCUUGAGUGGUACAAAAUUUGGAAUCUUUCUCAGUAUCAAAGGGUAUAAUGACAAGCAACAUGUUUUACUCCAAAAAAUAAUGGAUAAACUGACCUCCCUGACAUUAGACAAAAGAAGGUUUGAAAUCUUGAAAGAAGAACUUCGAAGAGGCUUAAAAAAUUUUAAGGCUGAACAACCUCAUCGACAUGCUAUUUAUUAUACUUCAUUACUAUUAGCUGAAAAAAUGUGGAAUAAUGAAGAGCUUUUGAACUGUCUUGAUGAAAUAACAGUUGAUAAUGUGCAACAAAUGAUACCACAGUUGUUAUCUAGAGUCCAUUUUGAAGCAUUAAGUCAUGGUAAUUUAUCAAAAAAGAAAGCUUUAAGUCUUAUGAACAUAGUGGAAUCAGCUUUGGAGAAAAAUAUGAAUACAAAACCUUUAAUGCCAAGUCAGUUGGUUCGAGAUAGAGAAGUUCAGCUCUCUGAUGGUUGCCAUUAUGUGUAUGAAGUUAUUAAUGAUGUUCAUAGCUGUUCUUCUGUUGAGACUUAUUAUCAGUGUGGAAUUCAAGAAACCAGAGCAAAUAUGCUCUUGGAAUUAUUGUGUGAAUUGCUCUCCGAGCCUUGCUUUAAUUUUCUUCGAACACAAGAGCAACUAGGAUAUAUUGUAUGCAGUGGGGCACGUCGUUCUAAUGGGGCACAAGGAAUCAGAAUUCUGGUCCAAUCUGACAAAUCUCCUUCUUACGUGGAUGGUAGAAUUGAAGCUUUUGUUCAAUAUUUUGAGAAAUAUAUUCAAGAAAUGACUGAUGACGAGUUUCAAAAUCAUAUUUUAUCUUUAUCCACUAUACGAUUGGAAAAACCCAAAAAAUUAUCUGUGCAAACUGCAAAAUAUUGGCUGGAAAUUGCAUCAAGACAGUAUAAUUUUGAUAGAGAUAACAUUGAAGUGGAAUGUUUGUCAUCCAUUACAAAAGAAGAGUUGUAUAACUACUUUAAGGAUAUGAUUGCAUAUGAUGCUCCUAGAAGGAAAAAACUUUCUGUUCAUGUAAUAUCUUCUGUUUCUAAACAUGCAAAUGAUGUUUUGGAUGAUGUUUUGUAUUCUUGUAUGCCAGAAGAAGUGUCAACUGAUAAUGGCUUAAUACCACCACCUCCAGCUUUUCGACCUCCUGUCAAAAUCGAAAAUGUGGUUGCUUUCAAGAAUAGCCUGGGAUUAUAUCCAUUAGUGCCUUCAUGGAUUCAUAUUCCUUCACCACAUUUUAAUAUUCCAGAAAAAUCAAAACUGUAAUUCUUUUCUAAAUAACCAAUGUCUGUGAUUAAAGCAAUGUAUAUUUUUACAUUUGAAAAAUGCAUUUCAUACACCCUAAUACUGUUUUAGUGUAAGUAAGAAGCUGGACUUUGUUUUUGGUUGUCAUAAUGUGUCUAAAGUGUCGCUAUUUAUUGAUCCAAUACAGAAAUUUAGGAACUUCAAAUUAAUCAAAAAUGUGUUAUUUUUAUUAGCAAUGUUCAUUUUGUUAUUAUGUAUAUAAAUAUGUGUCUGUAAGUAUAUAUAUUUAAAUAUUAUGCAUAUAUUUAUAUAUGUAUAGAGAGACUGGCUGGAAUGAGAGUGGUGUAAGUCAAUAAAAAGUUACAAUUUGAGUUCAUGUGCAUUUGAGGUUCUCUUUAGUCCCUCUAUUUGUGCAAAAAUAUGUUAAAAUAUAUUGGCCUCUAGAAGAGCACAAAAAUUGUCCACCAAUCUAAACUGUUUUCAAAGUGAAAAUGAUAGUGGUGUUUUUCAAAUUCCAUGCCAUGGAUUGUCCCCCAGGGUUAUCUGCCACUCGGAUGUUCUUUUAAUUCAUAUUAGUCUUUGCAUGUAUUUGGUUUUCUUUCUGUAACCUGUUCUCUGUUGUUAAUGUAGAUGACAGUGGUGUAAAUCUUUUACAGACAUGUGAUUUUUCAGUAUUUUUACUGAAUUCAGUAUUUUUUGAUAGAGUAAAAUACUGCAUGCAGAAUAAAAGAAAGCACAUUGGCAGUUAAUUUCAUGCAUCCAAUUAACGUAGUCUACUAUAUAGAUACAAAAAUACAUGAAAAAACUUUCAGUUAUAGUAAAAUAUACCAACAGUGUUGUCUUAGUUCACACAGCCAAGCAAUUUCAGUAUUUUUCAUCCUGUUUGGGUCACAUGUCUGCUUUUAGAGUUAAUUUUUAAAAAGUUACAAUUAACUUUCGAUAAAAAUUAAAUUAUUCUAUAAAAAGAAAAUACCUAUAUUUAAAUGCAAAUCCAUCCCCGGAAGUUAAAAUUUAUGCAAUUUUUUUCCUUGAUGUUUUUACAAAACUUUCAAUUACUUGAAAACUAAGUUAGGAUGACUUACACCACACUCAUUCUAACAACAAAAAUGUAUAUAUACGAGGGUGAGUUGGAAAAUAAAUUUCCUGUGGCAGUUGUGGACAGAAGUGUGUAUGAAAGUCAAACAAUAUAAGGAGACGUAAAAGAUUUGACACAACUUUAUUUGUCAACAUAAGUACCAAGCACUUUGAGACAUUUGUCAUUCUUCUUGAUAAGCUUCAAAUAGCCCUCGUGAAAGACAUCAAAGCUUUGUUUACGGAUGAUACUACACGUUAGUGAGACACCUGGUCAAAAUUGAGAGAGACCAUUCCAAAAAAGCUGCCUGGCCUUCUUAGAUCUGGCAUUCUGAAGCUGGAUGCACCUACACCAUCUGCCAUACAGUUCUGAUCUUGCACCAAUUGACUUCCAUCUGUAUCUGGAUUUCAAAAAGAAUCUUUCUGGAAGGUGCUUUUGAAGCAUUGAUGAAGUAAAGCAAGUCAUUAAACGCUGCUUCCGUAUGCAAAGCCCUGAGUUUUUCCUUUAGGGCAAUUUGAAGCUUAUGAAGCAGACAAUGACUCAAUUUCCUUUGUAUUUAUCUGGGAAAAUCAUGUUAUAUCUUAUCUUUAAUGUCUCAUUCUAUUUUUUGACUUUCAUACACAACUCUGACCGCAGUCAACUGGGGAAACUUAUUUUAAGACUCCCCUUGUACAUAGAUAUAAUAAACUGCCAACUAUCUGCGAGUUGCUUAUUUGCUUUGUAAAUUAUCUGCAAGCCUCAAUUCAUUUUCUCUUCUAUUUUUUUUUCUUCUCAUCUUUUGAAUGAAAUGUAUUGCAAGAUGAAUUUUGUAUCUUUUUUUACUAAACAUUAGUUCUAUUUGAACAUGGAAAAAUACUUGGUAGAUUCAAUGGGAGAGAAAGCGAUUCCAUUCAUGAUGUAAAGACAUAUGGCUUACGUUCGACGAGCUUGACCGGUAACGCCCGGUAAGUUAAUCAUGUGACAGCUAAUGAUCAUGUGCUCCAAUCCACCAAUCAACAGCUUAAAAUGGUAACUGGUGAGGUAACCGAUAGAUGAUAGAACGCUGCGGUUUGUAACCAGUUACUUACCGGUCGACCGGUGAGGUUCGUCGAAGGCAACCCUAGUGAAAUUUGCUGCUUUUAGAGAAAGCAGAUGGUAAUAUCAUUGAGUGGAUUGAGUGUAGUAUAAAAGAUCCUGGCCCUAUGAUUGGAGCAUGUAACUAAUGAGCAAAGGUGUAAGACAAGACUUUGAAAAGCAUCAUGAAAAGAUGAUAAAGUGUAUAGAAGAUGAUCCACAAUGUUGCUUUAACUCAUAUUAAAGGCUAUAUUCAGCAUUUAGGGAAAUAAGAGCACACAUGGUGCACUAAAUGAUAAAAUAGUGCUAUAAAAACUUUCAUUCUAAAUGAAGUGGCAAAAACACGAACAUUUGAAUAAUUUUUUAAAGAAAUAAAAUUGCAAAUUUGUAAAUAGUGAAUAAUUUAUUACAGUAGAAGACCGUUAUAACGCUGACCUGUAUAACGCAAUUCUCUAUAAACCGCACUACUUUUCAGAAGUAAACAAUAGGUUUUGAAGUUGAAAAAAUCCCUCUGUUUUGCUUUGCAAACAUAAAAAUUGUUAGGCAAAUUAAAUUUUGGAAGUUUUUCAUCUUUCCAUCUUAUUUCAAAGCUUUUAAAUUGAAAAUUAGUACUCAUAGUAAACAGAAAAUUUGUAAUAUUGGUACUUUAAUACUCAUUGCAGAUAAAACUCAUUCUGAAGUGCUAAUAUAUAUAGAUAUAUUCUGAAUAUUAGUUUCAAAAUUUGUGAAAUUAUCUAUAUAACGCAAAAACCUGUAUAACACAAAAGCUCUAGCCCCAAGGUGUGCGUUAUAACGGUCUUCUACUGUAUUCGACAAGUAGUACGUUAAUGUAACCAAUUGUAGUGUAUAAAUUAUUCAGAUGCAUAUUUGUGGUGAAUUCCCUAUGUUGAAUUGUUCAUGGACAUUGGAACAAUGAUGAAUUGUUCCCUAUUUUCAUAUUCUUGGGGAUUAUCUGCUAAAUUAGUUAUUCAAGGAUAGUUGUCUGUUUAUUCUGGUACAAAAAUCAUUUGUAAUUAUUAAUUUUAAAAUUGAACAACUUUUUGAAAUGAGAAGCCAAAUAGUUUAAUCAAUCCUUAGUUCAAAUCUGAUUGUCAGGCAAAUUUUUUGCUUUCUUUUCUCAUUUCAGAAUUUAUUUCAAAUAUCCAAAUGUUUGAUUAUACUUUAAAUUAUAGAUAAUAUUUUAUUGUACUACAGAAAAUCAUUAUUUUUUUCCUAUUUGGAAGGUUUCAAAUAAAGGACAAAUAUUUCUUAAUAAAAUCACCUGGGAAGAGUAAUAUAUGCAGUAUUCAAAAAGGAUUUUCCCAAUGUAAGAAGAGGCGCUGUUCAGCAUCAGAUUGAAGUCUAUUAUGGAACCUAGGAUGCCAUUCCACUUUGACUUGCAGAUAAGCAUAAAUUAAGGUGUCCAAAUACUACUGUCAACAGUAGAAUGUAAGUGAAAUUAUACAUUGUGCAAAUCCAUUUUUUGACAAGUAAUAAGCUAAUUCUUUGUGAAGAAAUUUGUUUAAAAAGAGCAAUUUGUAACACAGAAACCACACAGUUUAUUGCUUACACGUAUUUUGGAGUUUCAAGAAUGUAUUUUUCAAAAUGAAAAGUUUUUAAGCUGUGUGAUGCACCAGUCACAAUGAAGCAAGGCAAAAUGAUCCAGCUUAUUUACAACCCUUGGUUGCAUUCUUAAACUAGAAAUUAAUCUAAUUGUGAAGGAAGUUCUGUGUUAAAUAAAAUCAAAAAACAGUCAUAAUAGAUGACAUGAGACACUGCUUACUUCAUACUGGCAAAAGACUGGUGUAUUCUGAGUGAAAUGCUACCCUAAGUUAAAUAGUAAAUGUUCAUUUCGAUGGGUGAAAUCACCUAUCUUAUUUUGGCAAAACUCUUUUUGAAUGUCCUGCAUUGUCAAUUUAUGUAUCUGUCUAUAUUUUUUGUAUAUUAUAUAUGUAUAUACAUACACACUCUAAUUUAUUUAUUCAUGUCUGUUAGUAACUGGAAUCGAAAUUUUGGUAAUGAUUUUAAAAAUGAAUUCAAAGUCUACUAUAUAUCUAAUGUGUGCAAUGUAAGAACUUAUGCAUAUGAAUUUUCUUGUAUUUAAUGAGUAAAAUUAUCUAAGAUGGGAAA